AUGACUGCGCCUGAGCUCUGUCCUGAUACUGAACAACUUUGCAAGCCUAUUUGUUGAUUUACCCUUUAAAUUCUCUCGCAAUCUAUUGUAUUUUGAGGUGUCUACCUUCCCGAUAUCGUUUAAUACUACGGUACCAAGAUCUUGGUAUGGUUGGAUCUCACACGGAUUCGAAUAACUAUCCGGAUAGGAAUUCUAUAUCCGUGAAUUUCGCGGAUCGGAUAUUAUCCGGAUAUGGCUGGUGUAUCCACGAACUCGAUCCGUGCCGAGCUCUAGUUGAGAUGCUCGCUUUGGAAGUUGUAAUAUUGUGUCGACAAUGUGUUUUGGCGUUAGUUCUGCUCUACUUUGCAGCGGGCUACUCUCCAGCAGUGGACAGCCUCAAGGCAGGGUGUUGAUCGGCAAGCCUUGCGGAUGCAUUCGCCAGUUGAGGAUGAACCUCGUCUGGGUACAGACAUGAACUCACUCUUAACUGUUCGCAUGCGUA